AUGGUUUGUACUCUUGUUUAUCGAGCUGCCUUUGGCUGGCUUACGGGAAUGUUUUUUAUAAAAUCUUUUGGUGAUAAUUGUAAUUAUCAAAACGAAAAUUUAACAACUUUAUUUAAGAACAAUACUACAUAUACUCAAGCAAUCGAGAUCAAUGAGUUCAACAGCACUACGUGGUUUAAGUAUCGUCAUAAUAAUAAUGUAAGUUUAUCAUUAAACUUAGCUACAUCAAUGUCUUCAUUUCGAGAAAAAGUUAUGAUGAUCAUUUAUUGGGUAUUAAAUGUUAAUGAAAAAUUAAUAUGGGAAGAGGAUUCAGAAUCUUUUUAUAAUAUUGAUGGUGAUGUUGAAUUUGACAAUAUUAACUUCACUUAUCCAUCUCGAAAAGAUACAUCAGUUCUAUGUAAUCUUUCUUUUAUUGCUCGUGCUGGUCAGACAACUGCUCUUGUAGGUUCAACUGGCUCUGGAAAAAGUACAUGUAUAUCACUUAUCCUUCGUUAUUAUGAACCUUCAUCGGGUCGAAUCACAAUCGAUGGUCGACAGCUAACAGACUACAAUGUCCGACAACUUCGACAAAGCAUAGGAGUUGUUAGUCAAGAACCCAUUCUGUUUGGUAUAACUAUUUAUGAAAACAUUCGGUUCGGUAAAGUGAAUGCAACACGAGCAGAAAUUGAACAAGCAGCACGAGAGGCAAAUGUGCAUAAUUUUGUUAUGCAAUUGCCGAAUAAAUAUGAAACACUUGUUGGUGAACGCGGUAUACAGUUAAGCGGUGGUGAAAAACAACGUAUUGCAUUGGCUCGUGCUCUUGUCAAGCAGCCUAAAUUUCUUUUAUUGGAUGAAGCAACAAGUGCACUUGAUAAUAUUAGCGAAAAAAUUGUCCAAGAAGCGCUAGAUCGAGCAUGCAAAGGUACCAAUUAUUUUGUCUGCCGCUUUCCUGAAUGGAUAAUCAUCUUAGUUGGUUGUAUAGCAUGUGUACUUAAUGGAGCGGCUCAACAAGUAUUCGCAAUUUUACUUGCCAAAACACUUGAUGUUGAUUUUCGUGGAGAGAUCAAAUUUAAUAAUGUAAAUUUCAUAUAUCCAACUCGACCAACAUCUAUUAUUCUUAAUAAAUUUCAAUUGGAUAUCAAGCCAAGUCAACGUGUCGCUCUUGUUGGUACAUCGGGAUGUGGGAAAUCAACAACUAUUCAGUUAUUGGAACGAUUCUAUGAUACUACAGGUGGUCGAAUACUUCUUGAUGGUGUUGAUAUCCGAUUACUAAACAUUCAUUGGCUUCGUUCUCAAUUUGGUCUUGUUGGUCAAGAGCCAGUUUUGUUCGAUUUAACAAUUGCUGAAAAUAUAGCAUAUGGCUUAGAAAAUAUUCCAAUGGAAGACAUUAUUAACGCAGCGAGAAAAGCUAAUAUUCAUCAAUUUAUUAACCGAUUGCCUCAGGGCUAUGAAACAAAAGUAGGAUUGAAAGGUAGUUUUCUAUCAGGUGGUGAAAAACAACGUAUUGCUAUUGCUCGAGUUCUUCUUCGUCGGCCUAAAGUUUUGCUUUUAGAUGAAGCUACAAGUGCCAUGGAUUCACAUAAUGAACAACUUGUACAAGUAGCUCUAGAACAAGCUCAAACAGAAGACUCUUGUUGCACAUCACUCAUUAUUGCUCAUCGUCUUUCAACUAUUCGUUCAUGCGAUGUGAUUUAUGUACUUGAUGGAGGACAUAUCGUGGAAAGGGGUACCCACACAGAAUUGAUACAAAAACGUGGAGCUUAUUAUAAAAUACUUACUCAAAGAAAUUUUCAAUGA